AUGGCAGUGCUUCACCAGUACGACUAUGUCUUUGCCAUUGGCACUCUGUUUGCCAUGCUUGAUGCCUACAACAACGGCGCAAAUGAUGUCGCGAACUCUUGGGCAACCAGUGUGUCGUCGAGGUCAGUCACUUACAGGCAAGCGAUGGUUCUAGGCACCGUCUUCGAAAUGCUCGGAGCGAUCACCGUUGGUGCUAGGACAGCUGACACCAUCAAGAACGGGAUCAUCCCCAACUCGGCUUUCCGAGAGAAUGCCGGUGUUCAGAUGCUGGCAUUUACCUGCGCCCUCGCUGCCGCAUCAUCGUGGGUUAUGUGGUGUACACGACACUCAGCCCAUGUCUCAUCGACAUACUCGCUUAUCUCAGCCGUGGCAGGUGUCGGUGUUGCAACGGUGGGAGCAUCUCAGGUCCAAUGGGGUUGGAAUGAUGGCAAGGGGCUAGGCGCUAUCUUUGCUGGCCUGGGGAUGGCUCCCAUCAUCUCUGGAGGCUUUGCCUCUGCGAUCUUUAUGUUAAUUAAGCUCGUGGUGCUCAUCCGCAAAAGGCCGGUGCCAUGGGCUGUUUGGAGCUCACCCUUCUUUUUCCUAGUUGCCGCCACUAUCUGUACACUUUCCAUUGUCUACAAGGGUUCCCCAAGCCUGAAUCUGACCAAGAAGCCGGGAUGGUAUAUCGCUGCCGUUACAAUGGGUACUGGUGGAGGUGUCGCUCUUUUGUCCGCUAUCUUCUUUGUUCCGUUCGUGCACGCAAGAGUCAUCAAGAAAGAUCGCACUGUCACAUGGUGGAUGGUUAUCCUUGGUCCGCUACUCUUCAGGCGUCCCGCUCCUAUCGACGCGCAAGAAGCCAAAGUUCCCAAUUAUGCUGUGGUCCAGGAGGAAGACACGGAGACAUACCCCGAGUCGCCGGAGCUGAAAGGAAAUAGCUUCAGUAAGCUCGACGGAGGGGAAAUAUUACCUGGCAAUUCGGCAACGGAGGGUGAACAGAGAGUUGUUCAAGCCGAGAUUACUCAAGCCACAUACAAAGAACGACUUGCUCAGGCGGAGGCAAGGUUUCACGCAAAACUCAUGACGAAGCGCGGGCCCCUUGGUUGGGCUAUGCGAACUCUGAGAGAUAAUCCAAUGGGCCCCGGUCAGAUAUAUGAGUUUCGCAAUAUCAAGAUACUUGUUAAACGCAUCCCGGCUAUGAUUGUCUGUGGUGCUCUUUACGGCGCGCACUACGACAUCCAUUCUGCGCAAACUGGCAUUUCCGGUACUCCGGAUGGUCAAAGGAUGGAACGCGUAUAUGCCCAUGCAAGCAAGUAUCCAAAUGAAGUUGAACAUACUUAUUCUUUCGUCCAAGUCCUCACCGCCUGUACUGCAUCAUUCGCUCACGGUGCCAAUGAUAUCGGCAACUCGGUAGGCCCCUGGGCUGUUAUCUACACUGCUUGGAGUACCGGUAAUGCGGCAGCCUCCAAGGCCCCGGUGCCUGUCUGGCAGCUUGCUGUCCUGGCUGGUUGUAUUUCGAUUGGUCUCAUCACCUACGGCUACAAUAUCAUGAAAGUCAUGGGUAACAAAAUCACAUACCAUUCCCCAAGCAGAGGUUGCUCGAUGGAAAUGGGCGCGGCUCUCACCGUCCUGGUCUUUUCCCAAUACUCGCUUCCAGUUUCGACUUCGAUGUGUAUUACCGGGGCUACUGUCGGUGUCGGUCUUUGCAAUGGUACCGUCAAGGCUGUUAACUGGCAGCGAGUCAGUCUCUUGCUACUGGCCUGGGGUUCCAAUGGCGCUUACCAAAUCCUUCCUAGUCGGUUGACUCCGGCCCAUUCCUUCCCGCACUCUUCUCCUUCCUUUCCCUCUCUAACUCACCUAAACAAAGUUAUCAUGUCAGACUCUGACGACUUCAUUAUUGUCGAACGACCAGAUCUCUCUUCUGAAAUCCCCAGACUGUCCGCCUGGUUGCAACCUACUGCAUACCGUGACGAUUCUAGCGAGUUCCACAAGCAUCUCAGCUCCCGCGUCCCGGGAACGGGCAACUGGAUCGUGGAGACUCCAGAAUACCAAACAUGGCAUAAUACCGACACUCAUAGCAUUCUUUGGAUUAAAGCCAUUGCUGGAGCAGGCAAAAGUGUCUUGACGGCGUCGCAGAUUGCCCAGCUGCAACAAAUUGAGCCUCAGGCAGCAGUUCUCUUCUUCUUCUGUCGUCAGACCGUCACUGCGAACCAUGAAUCCCGUGCAUUGGUCCGUGACUGGCUUGACCAGCUGCUCCCUCACUCUUCUUAUCUACAGGCCGUUCUCAAUGCAAGUCAGACGAGCAGCUCCGAUGCUGUCAUUGAGAUGGGCCUUGUCGAACUCUGGCAGAUCUUGACUGACGCAUUACUGGCCAUGCCGAACCCGGUAUAUUGUGUCGCCGACGCCUUGGAUGAGCUCGAUGCCAGUGAUACAGAGGAUCUCUUACAAUGUAUUGUUACUCUGGGCUCUCAGACGCCUGGUCAAAUCAAGAUCCUCAUCUCUAGUCGUCCACUUCCUCAGAUCCAGAAGGUCCUAGGAAGUGUAUCUACAGUGAUUCCUGUCCGGCUUGAGAAUCGGCAAGUCAACCAUGACAUCGCCCAUUUUGUGAAUUAUCAGCUAGAUCAGGCCAUAGAUAUCCAACAGAAAGUCCGCGAUAAGAUAAAAAACGCCAUCGAAGAUCGUAUGUUUCCGUCCUUUCUUUACGCUCGUCUCAUGUUGAACGAGCUUCUGAGUAAACCUGAACGCGCCUCCCUCGACGCCCACAUGGUUCAACGGUCGCUGCACUCCAUUCCUGCUAGUCUGGAAGAUCUCUAUUCACAUAUGUUAAAUGAGCAUUCGAUUCGUGCUGGCGUGCCUCAGGAACGCCAGGUGCUCAUCCUGCAAUUGGCGACGCAUGCCACCCGUCCUUUGCGUCUGUUGGAGAUUGCUACCGUGUUGGACUUCCUUGACAUGAACGAUAGAAAUAGAACACAAAGCAACGCGAAGAACCUAACGCGCAUGUCCUGCGGCCCCAUCCUGGAGAUUCUUCCAGAUGAAACGGUCUCUAUUAUCCACCACUCUGUCACCGAGUUCCUCACAGAUGCCAGUAGGGCCGACCAUGCGAAGAUAAACAAUCAAUUCCCCGUCAUUGACUCGGUGGAAACUAACAAACUCAUGGCACUAAUCUGCUUGCGAUAUCUGCUAGCUCACGGUCUGACCGCAUGGAAAAACCCAAAAGUCCCUCGUUUGCUUCGCGAACCUUCGAAGGACAUGCAGAAUGCCCAGCUAAACUUUCCAUUUAUUGAGUACGCAGCCAGUAAUUGGUAUUUUCACGUCUCGCGCAUACCAGAGCUCAAUGGUGAAUUGCUGGGACUGCUCGAAAGCUUUAUGAAACCAAACAGCCCGUCCUUUCUCGCCUUCGUUGAGCUGAUCAUGAAAGUCGAGCAGCGCGACACUAUCACUCUCUCCCCUCUUCAUGUCUGCGCCUGGGGAAAUAUGACCAGCUAUGCUAAGGCUCUGAUCCAGUCCGGACAUGAAUGCAACGCCCUCGACGUAGAGAAGAUGACUCCCUUGGCUAGAGCGGCUGCUAAGGGCUUUCCAGAUAUGGUCGCUCUCCUGAUGGAGCAUGGUGCUACGCCGAAUCCAGACGUAGAUGGACGUGGAAAAAUCCCAUUGCACUACGCUGCGCAGAGGAAUCAUUACCAAGUUGUGCAGAUGCACUUACAGGCUGGGGCAAGUCCACUUAUCCGUCGGUCAACCAAGUAUGAUCCACCGCAAUGCUGCAUCGGAGGCUCUACUCGAAACACCCAAUCAUCUCUAGCAUAUGCAUGUCAAGCCGGGGCUGUCGAGUCUGUCCGAGCUAUGGUGCCAUAUCUAGCCCGCAAGGACAUAGAGUCGGCGCUUGAAUAUUCGAUUGAGGCUCGCCAAUUGAACAUCAUUCAACUGCUCCUUGAUCUUCCUAAUAUUGAAAUGACGAGUAACGAGGCAAAAAUGUUUGUUCCCACAUCAGACAGUCCACACCAGAGAAAAAACCUUUUGGUGGCCUUCUGCGAAUCAUUAGCCCGGAGUAAUCCGUACAGAAACGAUUCGAGAGACGAUGAAGGAGUAUGCCUCGACCUAAUAUUGCACACCGGAUGUGACGUGAACGCCCAGUGUAAGAAUGGCCGCAGUCCUCUGCAUAUAUGUGUCGAGGCCCAGGCCCCCACACUGGUGGAAAGGCUGCUCAAGCAUGGAGCAGACGUGCAUGCAUUAGAUCGAAACGGAGAAACCCCAUUAUAUCUUUGGACUCCGGAGGGGUGGUCCUCAAAAGCCUCAGCUCGCAUUCUUCAUGCCUUGAUGCGAGCUGGGGCGCAGUACGACGUAGCCAAUGCAAUCAAUGGCGGCCGUACGCCUCUUCACGCCUGGUGUAAACAAUAUGGAGCCAACCAGAUGGAUGUUGAGCUGUUACGGCCAUACGUGAAGAACUGGAACUUGCCUGACGCCAAUGGGAAUACGCCCAUUUAUCUACUGUUGGAGGAGGGGGGAAACAAAGAGACGCUCCAGAAGCUAGUGGAUCUAGGCGCAGAUCUGAAUUGGCACAACCGUGAGGGCUCGGCGCCGCUCCAUUGCGCCGCAACCAUUGAUCAAGUCAACUUGCUUGUCGACGUGGGUGCUGAUCUCGAGACAAGGGACUACCGAGGGCGUACGCUCUUUCUGCGGACUAUGUUCGCUCAUGACCCAUCUAAGGAGCUUACCCAGCUACUGAACCUGGGCGCCGAUCUGCAUGCUGUCGACUACGAUGGAAAUGGAGCACUACAUCUACUUUGUGAGCACCACCGCCAUGUGAAAAGCCUCCGCGUUUUGCUCGAGGCUGGCGCCAACCCCCACCAUCGCAACCACCGAGGAAACACCCUCUGGCACGCAUUUAUGCCACAUGCACUGCAGUACAACUACGACAGCCUGGUCUCGAUCGUGUAUAUGUUCCUCCAAGCGGAAGUUCCUCUGGCAACAAGGAACCACGAGGGUCAGACCCUGCUACAUUGCAUGUGUGAAGCCGACGUCAACUAUCCGGAAAGGCUGCUCCAUCCACCAGAGAACCCCAUCUAUCAUCUUCCUGCAGCGGAGGUAGAUGAUAUGCUGGAGGUGGAGGAUAACCAAGGGCGACGACCGAUCCACCUGGCUGUCGCUCGAUCAGAAGCUCUGGUAGCCUGGCUAAUCCGGCGUGGAGCAAGUCUCGCUGGCAAAACCCACCAAAUGGAGAACCUGAUGCAUAUUGCGGCGGCAGCAAAGGCAAGUAAUACGAUUGGUCUUCUUCUUGAGAGCUACAAGGAUGAGCAGCAGCGAAAGAUCGUUAUUAACGAGACCGAUAAGCACGGCCGCACGCCACUACACAUUGCGUGUAGCUCUGGACGUUUGGAGAGUGUAAUACUACUCCUACGUGCCGGAGCAGACGCGACUCUUGCGGACCAUAAGCAACAGACGCCCCUGCAUGCAUGUGCAGAUUUUAAAAGACAGCCUCGAUGGCCCGAGGACGAUAGUUCUCGAUCCCAUCAGGAGAAGUGGCGAUCCGUGUUUCAUGAAGAUGAGACACUGAGAGUGGCAGAGAUUAUCCAUCUUCUUCUUGCUCACGGGGCAGAUCCAUUUGUUAGAGAUCGCCUGCGUCGAUCACCUGUGGAGCUAGCUGUUGACAAGGAGAACGCGGAGAUGGUCAUGGUCCUGGCUCACACAUUUCCCUUGACUGCACGAAAUCCCCGGCCUGAUGCAGGUCACCUGUAUCUGACCGCUGGUGAAGACUAUGCGGAUAUCCUAAUUGACAGAAUAUCGCAGACACCUCCACAUGAUAUGAUACGUGAGUGCCAGCGACUGCUUAAGCUAGGGGCUUAUGGAAUUCUCGAACGCCUUGGUACGCGGGGUGUGAAAAUGAAUCAAGAGAACGUUCGGGGUGAGGGCAGCAAAGACUUCCUUCAAUCUCUGGCUCGAUGGGGAUUCACUAAACUCUUUGAGACUUUGGGCAGGGCGCGAGGAGUUGAUGACACGUACUGGAUUAACGGGAGAAUGUCCAGGCCGUACAAUUUCCAUUAUGACCUCCUUCCGUUUAUUUUUACCGCUGCAUCACGCACGCUCCCUAAUCUUGACAUGUUGUGGGUAAUUGUCGAGACAUUCAAUGCUGACGUGAAUGUUCGGGCGUACGAGAAUGUUUAUGCCCCGUCCCUUGGCGAAGACGUGCGUGAUGAACCCCAUCGUAGCGUCUUACACAUCCUUGCUGUUGGGAAACAUUGGUGGCAGACCGAGGCGAUAAGAUACCUGUUACAGCAAGGCGCAGACACGACAAUGCGUGAUGCCGAAGGCCGCACGCCCCUUCAUAUCGCUGUGACUGGGGGUUAUCGCCGGCUUGAAAUUGCCCGCGUACUGCUCGAGUACGGUGCAGAUCCGAACGCAUUAGACCGGACGGGGAUUACACCGCUAACAUUAGCAGUUGGAAACAGCGAGAUGGUCCAGCUACUCCUCCACCAUGGGGCUAGAUGUGAGCUCGGGUCCAAACCACUCCUCUUUGAAGCUAUCACGGUCCAAGAUAUUGAUACUGUCCGGGUCAUUCUCGAGAGCGGAUUAGACGUCCAGCAGCCGUUCAAGAAAUCACUAGCGGAGCUGGAUGUAUUUGAAAAACCAUGCCAUGCAAGAGCUCACCAUGACAGCGAUGACGAUGAAAUGAGUUGGGGAAGGCAGCGACGCCAGGCGCAACUGCGACUCCUACUUUGUCGCCCAGUUCACUACGCUGCCCAUGGACGAUUUAAUAAUGCUACCGAACGCCAGAAAGCCGUAGCCAUCGUGAAGCUCCUCCUGGCUCACGGUGCAGACCCGUUCCUCCCAUGUGGAGACAAAACGACGAUCAUCCACGACGUGCUAAAUCAGGGCGGAAUCGUGGAGCCACUACUAGCCUUACCCCAGUUGGAUUUAGAGAGAAGAGAUGGGCGUGGUCGGACACUGUUAAUGGCCGCCUGCGAGAUUGGUAAGGAAGACACAUUUGGUGUAAACCGAGUGGUUGACAACCUGGAACCUCACCCGUCAGCAUCGAUGCAGAAGAGCUGUGCUGUGAAUCGGCUGUGCGAAAUGCACGCCGACCUCUCGGUAGUGGAUGAUGUAGGAAAUAACCUGGUUCAUCUGCUCCUCGCCUCUAGUGAUCACAGGAAAGCCUCGGCAAGCACGAUGCUGUCUGUCUUAAUAGCCAAGUGUCCGCCCUUGAUCCAUCAACAUAACCAGAAGAUGGAGACACCCCUGCAUCUAGCCGCGAGAAGUCACCAAUGGAAUGAGGUACAGAUUCUGGUCGACUGUGGUGCGGACCCCCUCACUCCGGAUGCGGGGGGCAACACGAUCCUCCAUCAUUUGGCCCGGCGUCUGAAGAAGGUCACUCAAACGGACCUAUGGAUGAAUUUCCGUCGAUUCCUUGAUUACGGCCUAGACAUUAACAGGCGGAACAACAAUGGCGACACUCCCGUCUUCGAAUAUGUCCGGUCCCUAUCGUGCAGGGAUCCUCUGCGCGGGCCGGUAUUUAAUGAUCUUCUUGCUUUAGGCACAGACAUCUUCGUGCGGAACUAUGAUGGAGAGUCUUUACUACACCUGGUGGCUAAGUCACCCUGCAUCCUGCAAAACUACUGUCGAGGCAAGGAGAAGAUUGUCGAGUCGUUCACUUAUCUGAUAGAACUGGGGCUAGAUCCGUUGCAGGAGGAUAGCAAACAGCGUACAGCAAUGGAUGUUGCUGCUGUCUAUGGCAAGGAGGAUAUUCUAGCUUUGUUUAAGAAAUAA